AUGCCCCUCCGCCAUACAUAUCUCAGAGUUUUAUACCCACUUCUUGCUCAUACUCAAUUGAAGUAUCCCCCGCACGAUAGACAAGAGGAGCUUAGAAAGCUCUUCACAACUCUAAUUAGGGGACAAUGGUCUGAUACAGAUGCUGGUGACGAUAGCGAAAGAAUUCUUCAUUUCAACGAAGUGGAUGAUACCACAAAAAGGCUUGUCUUGCGGUGUAGCCAGGUUGACUGGAUAUGCGAAGGAACUAAUUGGUUCACAAAAGAGUUAUCCGAACCAGUAUCAAUUGAGACUUCGAAGACGAACGGCCAUGCCAAUACAGAUUCAUUAGGAAGCGUGGAAGUUCCUAGCAUUGGUUCACCAAUUUCUCCUCAGACAAGUCUGGAUGAGAAUCUUCACGGACAUGAUACCUCAUCAUCACCUCAUCAGCAUCCGGCUGCCGUAUCAACGGCCCUUGGACUUGACUCUGCACGCUCUUCUUCACAUAGCAUUGCAAAGGUAGCUUCUCACAAAGAGAAGCCGGGCGUCGUUAUACCGAGUAAAGGACUGGCUGUGGUGAAACAAAAGCCAGAACCUCCAAUAGCACGCCGUUCCAGAGCGCGUCGGAGAGCCGAAUCAAAGGAAGCAGGUGAGAGGGCAAGUUCAAGCCAUGGAUAUCGAGGAUCCUCGGAAUCAGGGAUUUCGAAAUUCCAUCUGCCAGAACCAGAGGAUACAGCAGAAAACCCUACCUCCGCCUCCUCUCCUGUUUGUAAAAUUGAAGACAAUACUGCGUGCUCGAGCCCGAAGGAACCUGUGGUUCAAUCGCCUGAUUCGAUUACAUCCACGUCAUACUGCUUCCCCUCAUCUUCUGGCUCGCAUAAAAUUCAUAUUUACCACCCUAGCACACCCCCGGCAGUUCCUCCUCCUCGCAGAUCUUCACAUUCGGUACCUCCAACUCAUCCUGUCAAAUCCCAUCAUCAUUGCCAUGUCAGACAACCACACUCGGCUUCCCGUCCUCCGCCUCCGCCUCCACAUAAUCCUCAAAAUUAUGCGCCUAACAAGCCAUCUCAGAAGCCAGAGCCCCCGAGAACCAGGCGGUGGCGUGCACAUCAACAGCAUCAGAAGCAUCAAGAUACCAAUGGCCAUGUCAAUGCUACCCACCAUACCCAAAACUGCAGUGCAACCUUAACCGAAGCCAGCCACAAUCCAACUUCAUCACAGCCUCAAACACCGCACACAAAUGGCAAUAGAGAUGUUCCUGCUACUCCAACCAUAACAGUGGAAAUGGUUGAGAACGAACUUCCAGAGCAAGUGGGGAACGUGCACAUUACAUGA